AUGGGCCCUGUCUGGCUCCUCCUGUUGCUGCUCACGCCCCUCCUUUCAGCACAGGUUAGCAUAGUUUCUGAAUUGGGGACUACAGCCGAGUCAGAGGACCCAACGUCGUCCGUUGUGAGCGCUACAGGGGAGUCGGGCACCCCCUACAGCCCCGAUCCCUCAGGGUCGGUCACGACCCCCUCGGAAGCCCCAGAGGAGGACUGGACGCCGGCAGAGGUCUUUCUCUACAGCGGGGACUACUCCGUCUUGGAGAUAGUGGAGUGUGACCGGGCGUACAGUCUCACGGGUCAGAACGGCCCCCUGCCGCGGGGGUUCUAUGUCCCCCUCCGACCGUCCAUGGACGCCCUGGCCAACACGGCCAACUUCCUCAACAUGAUCUUCCAGGCCAGCGACCUGCGGGAGAGCAGUGUGCGAGAGGACAUGGAGUGGUACCACGCCAUGGUGCGCGCCCUUCUGGAGGCCGACCCCCUCAUCCGGCAGGCCCUCCUCACCUUUGAUGCCGACCCAGCCUCCACCGCCCCCCAGCUCGUGCUCCGCGCCUCCCGGAACCCUGCCCCCCCCAGGUACCAGAGCAUCCUCCUCCAGGACCUCUCUAGCCAAUGGGAAAGUCUGCACCUCCCGGCCCCCGCACCCGACGACACCUGGUUCAGCAGUUUCAAGUUUCCCGCCUCCUCAAACCAGCCCACCUCGACCCUAUCUAAAAGAGUCCUCCUCAAUGACCUCAGCACCCUGGACACGCCCAAAUGGGGGCGGGGCGAUAGCUACGUGACCAAUCGCAGCGGGGUGCGCUGGGCCAAUGGGCCAUUCCUAGAGUGUGAGGACGGCCGGUUCCUGCCGGGCUGGCUGCUCACCCUAUCCACUUCCUUCUACGGCCUGAAGCCCGACCUCAGCCCUGAGUUCAGGGGUGUAAUCCGUGUGGAUGUAAACGUACAGGGCUUUGAUGUGAACCAGUGUGCCACGGGGGACGCUUGGUUUGCCAACACACACCAGUGCAACCGCACCACCAUGGAGUGUGAGCCAAUCACAGGCCAGGGAUUCAGAUUGGGCCAGUACUGCUGUCGCUGCAAAGAGGGAUACUACAGCCCCCCAAUGGAUGAAGGUGGUGCCCUGAACAACAGCGGUGGGGAGGGGGGUGGCGUGUGUUACCCGGCCCUGCCCAUCUGUCUCCCCUGUUGGCCGGGCUGCAGGCGCUGCGAGGACGGCACCCCCUGUUGGGUAAAGGAGGACUGGUUCCUCAGAGCCGGGGUGCUGGCCGUCCAGGGCUUCUUCAUGCUGCUGGUGUUCAUCAGCAUGCUGGUGGCCUACCAGUUCAGAUGCAGCAGGAGGAUCCGGGCAUCGGGUCUCCUGCUUUUGGAGACCAUCCUGUUUGGCUCUCUGCUCCUGUACUUCCCGGUAUUCAUCCUGUACUUCAAGCCCAGCACCUUCCGAUGCAUCCUGCUUCGCUGGGUGCGACUUCUGGGCUUUGCCAUAGUCUAUGGAACGGUAACACUGAAGAUAUAUAGGGUUCUCAAGGUGUUCCUGUCGCGCACAGCCCAGAGAGUGCCCUACAUGUCCAGCAUACACCUGCUGAGGUUGCUGGGAGUCAUGGUUGUGACCGUCAGCUGGUUCCUGUGUGCGUGGACCGCGGGCGUUCUACAGAACCGUGACCGUAACGUUCCGUUACUGAUCAUAUCGACCACGUCGGAUGGUCAGGGCUUCAGCCUCUGUGACCUAGACCGCUGGGACUACAUGAUGGCCGUGGCCGAGCUGAUGUUUCUGUGCUGGGGCAGUUUACUGUGCAGUGCUGUGAAGCCAGUGCCCUCAGCCUUCCACGAGCCUCGCUACAUAGGUAUCGCCAUACACAACGAGCUGCUGCUAUCCUCCAUGUUCCACCUGCUACGGUUUGUCAUGCCCUCUCUGCAUCCUGACUGGAUGCUGUUGCUGUUCUUCACCCAUACGCAUGUCACUAUCACCGUGACACUUGCCCUGCUCUUCAUACCCAAGUUCCUCCAUGUGUCGAGGGCGGGGAGAGAGGAGAUUGCAGAGGAAGUGUAUGAGGAUGAGGUGGACUUGCGGCGAUCCGGCUCGUACCUCAACAGCAGUUUUACCUCAGCAGUUUGGAGUGACCACAGCUUGGACCCCGAUGACAUUCGGGAUGAGCUGAAGAAAUUGUAUGGUCAAUUGGAGGUCCACAAGACCAAGAAGAUGACAGCAAACAACCCCCACCUGCAGAAGAAGCGCAUCUCUCGGCGCGGGCUGGGCCGGUCCAUCAUAAAGCGUAUCACUGAGAUCCCAGAGUCCAUGAGCCGACAGUGCAGCCGUGAUGGCAAAGAGGUCAACCUGGGCAGCAGGGAUGUUACGCACUCCGAGUCCUUAAAGCAGCCUUCACCAGUGCUGCGUAAAUCUCAAAGUGACUAUGACUAUGUAACCGAUAAAGACCCCUCCUUGCACAACACCAUGUUAAGGGCGAACCUAGCUAAGAGAUGCUCACAGCGCUCUGAGACAGACUCGCUGGAUAUCGCACCAUUGGUCUGUAAGUCGGCCAGUGCCCAAAACCUUACAGUCGAUAACAAUCUCUUGUUUCCUGGACCUACCAAGCUACACAAGUCACUGAGUUUAGCGUCCAGUAAAGCCCACAGUCUGGAAGACACCUACCGGGUUGGAAGAAAUACCCCAGGCGAGCAAGGGCAGUCCCAACAGGAUAUCGCUAUCAAGGACCAGACCUCAAGUGCCCUUGUGCAAUCCCAGUCUUAUGACAAGGCCGAAGUGUGUCCCUGGGAGUUGGCGGAGGAACGCCCUGCCAAUAAGAACCAGCCACACGUUACCUUUGCUCCCUCUGAGGAAGAACCACAGAGCCCAGAGAGUAUAUCAUCACCAAUACUGAAACAUAUUUGCCCCUGGGACCAUUUACCUGUUCCUACCCCAGCAGAAAGUCCUGCUGGGGAUUCACAAGGCGGAGAGGCAGAAUGCGAGUCCCCGAGACCCCAGGCUCCCAUCUCCACUAGUGUACCUGGGUCCCCAAAGGCCGCAAAGGACAUGCGGGCCUUCUCCUUCCGCACUUCCACCCAGAAAUGGCUCUCUGUGAAAUCUUUCGUAGGAUCUGUGGAUGCAAGCAUCAAGGAAAAAUCCAAAAAGGAGACAGCAGGAGAUACGGGUGACGCUGCAGAAUCUGCAGCCGGCAGCACGCAGGGGGCAGAGGCGACCAAAGCUAACGUGCCCCUGGCUCGGCGUGAUGCUAUGUGCCCUUGGGAGAUGGAAGGGACCAAACCACCAUCAUCCCCCUCAUCCAUCACAGAACACGACAAUAACUCUGACAUUUUUACAUGGGAUCCUGAAAACAUUCCUGAAGAGGAAGAGGAGGAAGACGAUGCCGAUGCCGAAAGUGCUGCAGAAGCCUUCGUCUUCCCAUCCGACUUGUAA